CUUUUUGGCAAAAUGACGGAGCGACUCGAAAGGACGGUGGCUCAGGCAACGCAGGCUCUGCGGCUCGACGAGCGACUUGGCUCAUCGGUUGGCUUAUUUUUUCGUUUGCCAUUUUAUGAAAUUCCGUUUAUAAUAGAAUUUGAAAAAGACGAUACAGAGAAUGCUGAAAAAAAUUUUAGCAACUAA